GAUCCUGCCAUUAAUCGGUUAGACCGAUAACACUGCUUCGUACGGUGUUUGUCUGCAGACGAAUACCCUUUGUCACUGGGGCAACGGACAUCACUAUUAUUACAUUUUGUCUGUUCGUCAUUAAGUGAGAAGGGGCUGAUACAUUGGUGUAUAAUAGACUUACUUCAGUGAAAUGUGUACCUCGUAUUAGUGCAUACGUAAAGCGCGUCCACAACCAAUCUUCGUCACAAUAUUUGCUUUGUCAGUUUGACUAGGCUUAAAUUCAGGACAAAUUAUUACGCAAAACAAAAGAUCUAGACCCUGAGACGAACAGGAGAUUGAGUAAACCUUUCCAUGAUGGGUACGAAGUUCAUCAAAAGAUCUAUUUUCAAUGACAAGAUCAUCAAGUCCAUGCAGGAUAAGCGUCAGUAUCGUGGCCUGGAGCUGAUGAACGGUCUCAAGGUCAUGGUCAUCAGUGAUCCCGACACGGACAAAUCCUCCGCUGCCAUGGAUGUCCAUAUAGGUGCUAUGUCAGACCCCUGGGAGACUCAAGGCUUAGCACAUUUCUGUGAACACAUGCUGUUUCUCGGUUCUAAGAAGUAUGAAAAUGAGAAUGAGUAUGACAAGUUUCUGAACGAGCAUGGGGGUUUGUGUAACGCCUCGACAGGUCCCGAACACACUACAUACUACUUUGAUGUGGCACCUGAUCACCUCCAUGGCGCUCUAGACAGACUAAGCCAGUUUUUCAUCAGCCCCUUGUUUACAGCCUCGGCCACAGAGAGAGAAGUUAAUGCUGUCAACUCAGAGAAUGAUAAAAACAUCCCCAUAGAUGGACGACGAUUACUUCUCUUAGAUAGAAAAUUGUCUAAACCUGGUCAUGACUGGGGCAAAUUUUCAUGUGGAAAUAAAGACACAUUGGGGACCAUUCCUGUGGCAAAGGGUAUCGACAUCCGUGAAGCUCUGCUGAGCUUCCAUGCUAAGCAUUACUCGGCUAACAUCAUGUCACUGUGUGUGUUGGGGAAAGAAUCGCUAGAUGAAUUGUCAGAAAUGGUUCUGCCAAUGUUUGCCGAGGUGGAGAAUAAGAACGUUACAGUUCCUGAAUGGACUGAUCAUCCCUAUGGUCCAGAUCAGCUAAAGACAGUAUGCUAUGCAGUUCCUGUGAAAGAGAUAAGGAGUCUGAGCUUGAUGUGGGCCACCCCUGACCUACAGGAUUUCUACACUGCCAAGCCUGGCAACUAUCUCGCCCACCUGAUUGGCCAUGAGGCGAAGGGAAGUCUUCUGUCAGAGCUGAAGGCCAAAGGUUGGGCCAACUCUCUGAGCUGUGGCAGUAGUUUGGGUGCCAAAGGAUUCCGAGUGCUUACUGUAACUAUACAGUUCACUGAGGACGGUCUGGAACACAUUGAUGAUAUGGUGAUGCUUACGUAUCAGUAUAUUGCCAUGCUGAAGAGUCAGGACCCUCUAGAGUGGAUUUUCACGGAGUACCAGAAUAUUCGUGCAAUGAAGUUUCGCUUCAAGGAUAAAGAGGAAAGUAGAAACUAUACACCAUCAGUGUGUAGGGCAAUGCAGAUAUACCCAAUGGAGGAGGCAUUGAGCGGUGGGCAUCUGAUGUCCGAGUUCCGGCCAGACCUCAUCACCCAAAUACUGGAAAAACUUGUACCACACAAUAUGAGAAUGCGUGUGGUAGCCAAGAAAUAUGAAGACAUAGUCGACCAGACAGAACCGUUAUAUGGUACCAAAUACAGGCUAGAGAAGAUUCCCAAAGAGAAAUUACAGACAUGGAGCUGUUGUGGUUUUCAUGAAAAUCUGAAGCUGCCUGCUGUCAAUGAAUUCAUCCCAGAAUCGUUUGAAAUUGUUCCCAGAGAAGCUAACCCCUGUGAUCUGCCACAACUUGUGAAGGACAGUGACUUGUGUCGAGUGUGGUUCCAUCAGGACAACACAUUCCUCCAACCGAAAGCCUCCAUUAAAUUUGAGUUAAACAACCCCUUGACAUAUCUUACACCCACCAACCAUGUUCUGACCAAGCUGUUUGUGAUGCUGUUUAAAGAUGCACUCAAUGAGUAUUCCUACAAUGCUGGGCUGGCAGGGCUUCACUACGACCUAUCUGCUACCAAAUAUGGCAUUACAUUGUCUAUCAGUGGUUACAGUGACAAACAGCCCGUCCUCCUUAAGAAGAUCUUGGACAAACUCACCCAGUUCUCUGUAGACCCAGACCAGUUUUACAUCAUCAAGGAGAAGUUUGAGAGGAUUUUGAAGAACUUCAGAGCAGAUCAGCCCAGUAGUCAAGUGUCUGCCUACACUUCAGAGCUCAUGUCCGAGGUACAGUGGACACACGAGGAGAAACUACAGGCCUUACAAGGGGCAACCAUAAAGAUGGUAGAAGAUUUUGUCCCCAAGAUGCUGAAGACACUUUAUAUAGAGGGACUUGUCACAGGCAAUGUCACAACUCAGGGUGUGCUGACCAUGACAGAGAUGGUGGAGAAGGUGCUCCAGUCUCAGAGCGGGACACGUCCACUCCAGGCCAGCCAGAGGAGGAGGCUCCGGGAACAUCAGUUACCACAGGGUAGCUCCUUCAUGUAUGAGUGUACUAACGAUGUCCACAAGAGUACGUGUACCCAGGUGUACCUCCAGUGCGGGCCCGAAGACACAGCCUCCAAUGUCUUACUGGAGUUGCUGUCUCAGUCUCUCAAAGAGUCCUGCUUCACCACUCUCAGGACAAAGGAACAACUAGGUUACAUUGUACGGAGCGGACCGUUGCGCAGCAGUGGCGUCCAAGGUUACCGUAUCCUCGUACAGUCUCACAGAUCCCCUCAGUAUGUCGAGGGUCGGAUAGAAGCCUUCCUGUCCGCUAUGGAUGAGCAGUUAAAGAUGAUGACGGAGGAAGAAUUCCAGAAACACGUUGCUGCUAUGACUGUCAAACGUCUGGACAAACCCAAAAACAUCCGGGAACAGAACCAGUAUUUUUGGUUUGAGGUCCGAGAUCACACCUAUAACUUUGACCGAGACAACAUUGAGGUGGCAUUUCUGAAGACAUUGGAGAGAAAAGAUCUGUACCAGUUCUUUAAGGAACAUGUUGCUUUUGAUGCAUGCAAACGUCAAAAACUGGCAAUUCAUGUUGUUUCAACAUUGGAGAGCUCGGAUUCUCAAGAGGAGAUAACACCUGACUCCAAAAUAGGAACAGAUAUUACAUCUGCCCCUGAUUUGCCACAGCCUGUCCGUGUAACUGAUGUAUCAGCAUUCAAGGGAAACCUGCCACUGUACCCUCUCCAGGAACCUUACAUCGACCUAUGCAAGGCAAAGUCAUUACUAUAGGUCAUUGAUCUAUGCAAAACCAAACUUACGGUUAAAGGUCAUGUUUAUCUGUGUAAAGAAAAUUGGCUACGGUAUGUGCAAUUUCUUACAGGUGCAAGUCUCUACUAUGGUUCUUAAGUCUGACAAAUUCCUGACUACUGUUUAUGUAUUAACGCAAACAAAAGUUUGUCUUUUGCCUGUGCAAGGCUACUUCUACCAACCCAGUAAUUAUCUGUUUUAGAAAGUAACAAAAUCACUUCUAUAUUUUAUGUAUCUGUCAAAGUUGUUUCUUGUUACUGUUGGUCAUUGAUAUUUUGUAAGGCAAGUAAACAUAGCUGCAAAAAAGUUCACAUAUUUUGCUAUAAAGUAGGUGAUGUACCUUAUAACAUGUAGCUACUGUAUACCAAAAAAUGUUUUGCCCAGUUACAUUUCUACCUUUCGACAGUAAAAUCAAUUUACCCUUCACAUUUAAUUACUAUGUAUGGUAUGUUGUUUACAAAUGUACAUUGUAAUGAUAAGUAGUUAACCCUCCCUCAUUAUAGAGGGGGGAUUAAACCAGCAAAAUGUUCUUAGUGUACAGUACUAAAAGGGUCAAAUAUAUAUGCAAUUACUAUUUACUAGGUAUAUAUAAUAUUAGUCUCCAGACAUAAUUUGAUACUUUAUAUAGCCGAUAUGUAAAUGUGAUCGCCGUUAGAGGGCAGCUAUGACAUUACCAGUUUAUUGUGCCGUCCAUGUUAGUUCAAACUAAUGGUUUGUUUCUAAAUGACUGUGUGUAAUCAAGAUAUUUAUAAUACCUAUUUUUAUGACAUAUUAGUUAUUUUUGUACUAUACUUUAUAAUACAGUUGUGCCUUUUACGCUAUGAAUCAAUCCAAUGAAUUGUUUUAAUUAUUUCAAUGAAUAAAUAAUAUUUUCU